UCGGUGGUAUUCUUUUUUGUAGGCUCAGCUCCGUAACGCUUGUUGUUUGGAUGUUUAGCUAUCUGGUUGACGUAAGAUGCUCAUCUUCUAGAUUGGGCACGCUUUGGAGCAUGGCUGGAUAGUGUUUUCGCAUAUUUGGCGAUCCUGAGAUCAAUUUUGAUUUGGACCAACUGCAACAAAAGGUUUCACUCUUGUGCUGAGAAGCGUCAACCCUGAGAACUCCAUUCUGUGGGUUGACGUUGACAUUUUUGCAAAAGGAAACCCUGCUGUAGCUCUGCAGCCUCUGCUGGUGUCAGUGUUGUGCUUCAGCCUGGGGCAGCAGUUCUGGGGGUAUCGGGGCAGGCUCUGCUGGUGUCAGUGUGCUUCAGCCUGGGGCAGCAGUUCUGGGGGUAUCGGGGCAGGCUCUGCUGGUGUCAGUGUGCUUCAGCCUGGGGCAGCAGUUCUGGGGGUAUCGGGGCAGGCUCUGCUGGUGUCGGUGUGCUUCAGCCUGGGGCAGCAGUUCUGGGGGUAUCGGGGCAGGCUCUGCUGGUGUCAGUGUGCUUCAGCCUGGGGCAGCAGUUCUGGUAUCGGGGCAGGCUCUGGCAUGUCUAGAGUAUCGGGGGGGUGUGCCUGAGCCCUCGCUGACAGACAGACGGACAGACGGACAUGCCUCUGGGUCUCGGCCGCAGGAAGAAGGCUGCGGCGCUGGUGGAGAAUGAGGAGGCGGAGCCUGUGCGGGCGGGGCUGGCGCUGGGGGGCGGGGCCGGGGCUCCGGAGGCGGAGCUGCAGGGUCUGCCCCCCCCGCCCCCCAGCCUGCGGCCGCGGCUCGUCUUCCACACGCAGCUGGCGCACGGCAGCCCGACCGGGCGCAUCGAAGGAUUCGGCAACGUGCGGCAGCUCUACGCCAAGAUCGGAGACGCCUUCGCCAUCCCGCCAACUGAGGUGAUGUUCUGCACGCUGAACACCCAUAAGGUGGACAUGGAGAAGCUGCUGGGGGGGCAGAUUGGGCUGGAGGACUUCAUCUUCGCCCACGUGAAGGGGCAGCGGAAGGAGGUGGAGGUGUUUAAGGGCGAAGACGCGCUUGGCCUGACCAUCACCGACAAUGGAGCCGGAUACGCCUUCAUCAAGAGAAUACGUGACGGGAGCAUCAUGGACCGAAUCCAGGUCAUAAAUGUAGGGGACAUGAUUGAGUCCAUCAAUGGGCACGUUCUGAUUGGCUGCCGACACUAUGAGGUCGCCAAGAUGCUGAAGGAGCUGCCCAAGGGGCGGGACUUCUGCCUGAAACUGGUGGAGCCACUGAAGGCCUUCGAUAUGAUCGGGCAGCGUGGUGCGGGCCGCUCUGUUUCGGGGGCUCAGUUGGGAACAGGACGGGGGACGUUACGCCUGCGAGCCAAAGGCCCCGCCACCGUGCAGGAGCUGCCAUCUGCGUUUGAGGAGAAGGCCAUUGAGAAAGUGGAUGACCUGCUGGAGAACUACAUGGGAAUCCGAGACAGUGAACUAGCUGCCUCCAUGGUGGAGUUGGGCAGGGACAAGCAGAACCCAGAUGAGUUCUCAGAGGCUCUGGAUGAGACCUUGGGGGACUUUGCGUUCCCUGACGAAUUUGUGUUCGACGUCUGGGGCGCCAUCGGAGACGCCAGGUGUGCUGACCUGCACUACACUGCCAGGCUGUUACCAUGGAGACCAAGCCACCAGAUACCCAGAACGCACUGCUCUCUUCUCAAAGCGCUGCACCACACGCCAGGACAUGAUGUUUCUUCUUAAAGGCAUACUAUGCAGGAUUACAAAACAUGCUCAGCCAUUACUGUGUUCACUUCUGCCCAAUACCUUGCUUGUUUACUUGUAUUUGUUCUUCUCAAAACUCCUCUGGACCUCUUCUGGGCAUGGCCCUUUUUAUUUCUGUGCUGUAUCUGAAAAGCAUGAGUCCAAUGCACUGAACUCAUACGCUCUAUGGUCCAAUACACUGAACUCAUACGCUCUAUGGUCCAUUGCACUGAACUCAUACACGCUAUGGUCCAUCACACUGAACUCAUACACGCUAUGGUCCAUUACACUGAACUCAUACACUCUAUGGUCCAUCACACUGAACUCAUACGCUCUAUGGUCCAAUACACUGAACUCAUACGCUCUAUGGUCCAUUGCACUGAACUCAUACACGCUAUGGUCCAUCACACUGAACUCAUACACUCUAUGGUCCAUCACACUGAACUCAUACGCUCUAUGGUCCAUUGCACUGAACUCAUACACGCUAUGGUCCAUCACACUGAACUCAUACACGCUAUGGUCCAUUACACUGAACUCAUACACUCUAUGGUCCAUCACACUGAACUUAUACGCUCUAUGGUCCAUCACACUGAACUCAUACGCUCUAUGGUCCAUUACACUGAACUCAUAUGCUCUAUGGUCCAAUAGAAGGAGGACAAGAGGGAGGCCUGCAAGUGGCAGGCCAGUGUUCGCUAACAGUAGGUAGCUGUUGUUAUAAUAAUAAUAAUAAUAAUAAUACAUUUUAUUUGUAUUGCACUUUAUAUAUAUAUUUUUAAAUCUCAAAGUGCUGCAGAUGAAAAAGCAGAAGUGCUAAAAAAGAAAUACAAAACAUGAGAAAAAAUUUUAAAAUCUAGCAGAAGGCUCUAGAAAAAAGGUAGGUUUUUUUUUAUAAGCUAACUAAAUUCCGUUUUGUACGUCAGCUGGCGGCUGAAUGUGGCUAUUCCGUGUUUUUUCAUUGACGCAAUUGCAGUAACUUAGCUAACUAUAGGCUAGCUACUAACUAUAAAUACAAACAUGAGUAACGUCUGUUAAAUCGCUAGCUCAAUUGCUUGUGUAGAAAGCGAUUUUAUGAGUCAUUCGAUGGCGGUUUGAUAAGUGAACUCAUUGCUAUCACAGCUAUCACAUUGUAGUCUGCAGCGGUCAGAAUAAUCUUGGGGGUGUAGGUAGGCAGGGGUGAGAGUGCGGGUGUAGAUGGGAAGCAAUAUCCUGCAUAGUAUGCUUUUAGGGUUGGGACCACUGAUCUGCCCAUGGGCUGAACCUUCUGUGUGACUUUCCUUAAUGGAAACAGCAGUACAGUCAAACAGAGGUACAGUCAAACAGACCUACAGUCAAACAGCCCUACAGUCAAACAGGCCUACACUCAAACAGCAGUACAGUCAAACAGCCCUACAGUCAAACAGCCCUACAGUCAAACAGCCCUACAGUCAAACAGCCCUACAGUCAAACAGCAGUACAGUCAAACAGAGGUACAGUCAAACAGCGCUACACUCAAACAGUCCUACAGUCAAACAGCCCUACACUCAAACAGUCCUACAGUCAAACAGUGUGACAGUCAAACAGCCCUACAGUCAAACAGCGCUACAGUCAAACAGCGCUACCGUCAAACAGCAGUACAGUCAAACAGAGGUACAGUCAAACAGGCCUACACUCAAACAGCCCUACAGUCAAACAGCCCUACAGUCAAACAGCCCUACAGUCAAACAGCCCUACAGUCAAACAGCAGUACAGUCAAACAGCGCUACCGUCAAACAGCAGUACAGUCAAACAGCGCUACACUCAAACAGCCCUACAGUCAAACAGCCCUACAGUCAAACAGUGUGACAGUCAAACAGCCCUACAGUCAAACAGAGGUACAGUCAAACAGGCCUACACUCAAACAGUCCUACAGUCAAACAGCCCUACAGUCAAACAGCAGUACAGUCAAACAGAGGUACAGUCAAACAGCGCUACACUCAAACAGCCCUACAGUCAAACAGUCCUACACUCAAACAGCCCUACAGUCAAACAGUGUGACAGUCAAACAGCCCUACAGUCAAACAGUAUUACAAUCCAACUAUAUUAAAGGUGGAAGGUUGUAGAGUUGUGCAUGUAAUGAGCAUUUUUACAUGGGUUUAAAAUGAUACAUUUAGUUUUAUAACUUUGUGGUUAUGUCAGUUGAAUGCUGUUAAACAGUAUUAGUUAAAUAUGAUGUUAUUAAUCACUGUUAAACUGAAAGUGUCAGGUAUAAUUUAAAGUCUCUGUUACACUGAGUGAUUCCCAUAGUAAUAAUGAUGUAAAUAACCAUGUUUAUACACUGUAGCUGCUGUGUAAUACAUUCUUUCUGAAAUGAAGGAGAAAGGGUGUCUGAUAUUUGGCACUGAAAUAAAGUUACUGUCUUUCUGA